GAGCCUUUUAAAUUAAUAUUUAAUAGUAUUUAUAAGUUUUUUUUAGAAAUUAUUACUGUCUCAGUUUGCUAAUACUCACAGUAGUAAAUGUAAUAAUUGAGCACACAUUUAUUCACCACCUGCCACAUCACCAAACAACAAUUAAUCAAGAGCACUAAAUUAUUUCACAAUCACAAAGCACAGUAAUUGAAGUGUUCAAGAAUGUCACAGCUUUCGGAGAUAUUAUCUGUUCAAAGGAGUCUUGAGGAGAACUUCACCCGGAAGAUGGAUGAACUUGGUGCACAAAUUCAGGCUGCAGGACCCGCUAAAGAUACUGUGGCUAAGAUUGCAGAGGAGUUCCGGGCAUUUAGAGAGCUCAUCUACAGUGUCCUUGGAUUGCUCAGAAAACAAAUUGCCGAGUGUCUUCUGCAUAUUGAUGGCCUGGAGAUGAGGCACCGAAGGAAGGCUCUAAUUUUCCAAGGAGUUCCUGAAGCAGACACUGAGGACUGUACUGCCACAAUAUUGAGCAUACUCAAUGGUAAAUUGGGUCUCAAAGACAUUGCAGUUCCAAGUAUAAAAUUGGCACAUCGGCUCGGCAGUCCCGGUAAGGAUCAUCCAAGGCCAAUCCUUGUGAGGUUUUCUGGAUUAGAUGUCAAGACAGCAGUAUGGAAGGCGAAGACUGGCUUGAAGGGGACCAAAAUCUCAGUGAAGGAAUUCUUGACUAAGACCAGGCAGUCCAUCUUCACCAAGGCCAGGCAGCACUUCGGUAUGCGAUCAUGUUGGUCGCAGGACGGUGUGAUUGUCGUCAGGACUUCAGAUGGGACCCGGCAUAGGAUUUCUUCAUUGGAAGAACUGAUACCGCUUCUGGAGAAGUACCCGGUGAAGUCUAAUGCAUCCUCGACUGAUUGAUCUGAAAACACUUGUGCAUUAGGUAUGUGACGACUGGCAUUUCUCAAUAUGUAAUUAUCAUAUUUAUACUCACG